CGUCACAAUGAUUCGCAUCAUCAUACUUUCAGUCCUAGUCAUUUCGUCUAAAGGAAUACAGCAACCUAGGCUGGUUUACCCGCGUCUGCUCGAGGAGCGAUCAGCUGACGGACGAAUGGUGCUGCACUUGCACGAUCAACUGACGCUCAAUCUUAGAAAGGCGUCGGUUGCAGCCCGCAACUUCCGCGUCCUGGAACACGAAGACGGGCACGAAGUAACGCAUUUUUUCAACGGAGAAGACAUCGAACAAAAUCUCCACGAAGAUGAAAAGCAGUUUGCGACCGUGCACGUCACAAGAAGAGACAGCGGCGUCGAAGUUGAAGGUGUGGUCGGGCCGUACCACAGGAUUGAGCCAAUGCCCGAAAUGGAGAGAUCUGACCAAGGCCUCAUUCCGCACAUGAUACACGAAAUUGAGAAGAAGGAAAUGCUCGACAUUGAGGUGGCACCGAGUGGAAAAGAUGCUUGGAUCGUGAACGAAAGGACUUACGGAGCUCAAAGUGUUCCCAUGGAAGUUACGAUAGAAAUUUUCAUGGUCUCUGAUUACCUGCAUUUUAAGUACUUCAAGACUACGCUUCAGUUAAUAAGUUAUCUCUGCGUACAGAUCAACUCUGUUAACAUGAGGUACAUAGAUACAAGCGAGCCAAGGGUGAAGUUCCUCUUCGUCGGAGUCGAGAAAGACCAGUUCAGCACUUAUAAGAAUGGUAGCGGCAUAUUAAUGGAAAGCUCAUCAUCUCUUGACGAAUUUCGUGUGUACGCCGAUAGCAGAAGAUACGAGUACGGUCAUCCGGAUAUGGUGUACCUGAUGACUGGGCAUGAAGUAUACUCCGAAGACACCGUGGGCACGAAGAGCAUGAAUGUGUUAGGCAUCGGCUUUGUAGGUGGCUUGUGCACCCGGUUCUUCGUGGCGCUUGGUGAAGACAGCGCUGGUCUCUACACCGGAAUGCAUACGCUGACGCACGAAGCGGCCCACGUGCUCGGGGCCGCUCACGAUGAAAGCCAGCCAAAGUCAUGGAUUCCAGGCGACCCAGGAUCACUAGCCUGUCUCUGGAGUGAAGGUCACAUCAUGAGCUACGUCGAAGGCGGAACGAAACAUCACCGUUUUUCAACAUGCAGCCUGAGGCAAAUUCGAAACCUCGUAAUAUUGCGAGGAUCGGCUUGCUGGCGAGUGAGUAACACUGGACACACGAACAAGGGCAGGUACCCCGGUAUGGAAGUAGCACCCAACCAGUUCUGCCGAAGCGUCUUUCCGGACAAAGACAACGUGACCGCCGACAUGGAUUCGGACCGUAUGAAAUAUUGCAUGGUGAAGUGCCAAUAUCCGAUAUUUCAACAGUACUGCAGUAAUAAAUAUGGUCGCCAACGAUGUUACACAUAUACGACGAUUAAAUACUUGUACAAACACGCACUGGACUACAUGCCCUGUGCAGUAGACAAGGUUUGCGUCAGAGGCGUGUGCGGGGGCAGCACGCUCAAAGUGCCGCAAGCACCGGUCACCGAGAGCGCAACACCAGAAGCGACAAAAACGCCCACCACUGACGGCACCACGGAGUGUCGUUGCGACUGCGACUCUACGAAGCCUACCAUUUCUACAGCUUAUCCGCCGCGGCCUACGACUCCUAGUAGGUUGACUACGAGAAAGCGCUGGAGCGGACUCAACUGGCGUCGAAGACAAUAA